AUGGAGGCACAAAGAGUAAAAGUUAAAAGGGCACAAUUAGAGGCCUUUGCUAAGAUUCUGGACACAGUUUGUCCAUGGCUGUAUGAUGAGGCAGAAAUAAAUGCUGAAGUAUGGGAGAGAGUUGGAAAACAGUUGAAUAAAGCCCUUGUGGCUGAGCCUGAUUGUUUUCCAGAAAAUACCUUUUCUUAUUGGGCUUUGUUAAACACAGCUCUCAGGACUCCGACAAAAAAGGAAAUCUCGGAAGCCUUAGAUGAGGUGCAUGAAGGGUUAGAGCAAAUUAGAGAGGAAUGCUCUCAGAUUUCAGAGCCCCCUGAAUCUGGUCUAGAAAAAGACGCUAGAGAAUAUCCUCUUUCACCUGAGCCCCUCGAGCCUCCGGAUUCCGGAGGACCUCCCGCAGUGCUAUAUCCCAGUUUUGAGGCUUUUCAAAAGUUAUAUCCCAGUUGUGAGGCUUCUCAACAAAAACUUGAGCGUCCGCCGCCUUCUGCGCCGCCCCCCACUCAGAGGGAGGCAAACCUGGCUCAGUUACGUACUAUUAAUCAGGAGCUCAGUGAGGAACUUCAGCUGAGACAACAGAUUUCAUGCCUCUCGAGCAGACUUGCGUCUCUUUGUGCCUCAGAGGCCAGGCCUACCAAUGAGCCCAAUGAAUUAAAGACUGCUGUAAAUCAGUUUGGCACUGCAGCUCCCUUCACUUGUGCUAUCCUGGACUCCACAACUGGAUCCUGGCUAACACCAAGUGAUUGGAUUGCAAUCUGCUGCGCAGUUCUUUCAGGGGAAGAUUUCCUCCUGUGGAAAUCCUAUUACUCCGAGCAAUGCAAGGCGGCUGCCAUCCACAAUGCUAAUGCCGGAGCUGCCUUGGCAAAUUAUGACAUGCUUAUGGGAGAAGGAUUGUUCGAAAGCAUGCAAGCCCAAAUUGGCUGUGCACCACCGGUUUAUGAACAAAUCGCUAACUGUGCGCACCGAGCAUGGAAACAGCUUCCAAUGGCGGGCAAUCUUAGCACUAGUCUUGGUAAUAUCAGGCAAGGGCCAGAUGAACCUUAUUCUGAAUUUGUUCAUAGGUUACUAGAGGGAGCAGGAAAGAUAUUCCCUGAUGCACAGAUGGGAUUACCUUUUGUUACACAGCUUGCUUAUGAAAAUGCCAAUAAAUGGUGUAAGCCUGUCCUUAGACCCUGGAAAAAUAAAGCUGACUUAGAUGGCUAUAUCCAGCUUUGUGCGGAUGUGGGAGGACAAGUGACUGUGGCCUGGGCUCAGGCUGCAGCACAGUGCGCUGCGCGAGGAGGAGGCACAUUUCAAACGUUUUAUCAGUCCUUACGUAGGACUCAGAAUGCAAGAGGAGGCCCUAAACGGCCUACUCCUCCUGGUCGCGCAAUGCCUGUCUGCCAUGCUCUUCACCAAACAGGUCAUAUGCAAAGGGAGUGCCCCUCCAGGAUCCAAACUUCCAGACCUGAGCUUUGCUCCCGCUGUCAAAAGGGUCUUCAUUCAUGUAAAGAGUGCCGCUCACUUUUUGCAAAAGAUGGCACCUUUCUAGGCCCAAAUACAUCCUUUCCCAACCAGCCAAAAAACGGGAAUCAGGGCCCAUGA